AUGGAAUCGCGAUUGUCAAUAGAAAAUUUGAAUAUUCCUGUUGCAGAGACAAGUGCAGAUAAGGGCGCAACGUUAAGCUCAGGGGAUGCAAGGUCGGACAUAGAGGAAACAACGUUAAAUGUGGAUAACACAUCAAAUAAAGAAGUUGACUUAUCAGUAUCCAAUAGCCAUCAUUUUGAUUCGACCAACAGCAGGGUUGGUUCUUCGAGUGACUCAUCAUCAUCAUCAAGCAGCUCAUCAAAUACAUCGUUUAAUGAAGAUAGCGACGAUUCAGUUAAAGAUCCAAACUAUGAAGUUGUGGAGCCUCGGCGUCUUUAUCGAAAUUCUUCAGAUUCUGAUGGAGAAGUUGUUAAUGUUAACACAAGAAACCAAGAUGGUACUUUACAAGAAACUGUUAUUUGUACACCUACAGAAGGCCACGAAAUGAUUCUUAACAGCCUUUUACAAGAAUCAGAUGCACUUCCGAUACUAAAUGAACCAUCAAAUAUUGAAAAAGUCAACCCCACUGAACAAAACUUACAAAAUCCAAAUUGUAGUCCGAACAAAAAAGGUAAAAAAGACGAAGAAAAGAAGGAAGCUGGAAGAAAAACAUAG